GAUACUAUUUUAAAUUCCGUCUUGGUCAGAAUCUGUCGCUGGAUUGUCAUAGCCCUCGCGGACAACAAUGGCGUCCGCAGAUGCAGAAGAUAGAGCAAAACCUGAAGCUGUUUCGGGCAAAAGAGUCGCAGUUGUAGGCGCAGGUGUGAGUGGUCUUGCGGCGGCUUACAAGUUGAAAUCGCGGGGCUUAAAUGUGACUGUGUUCGAAGCGGACGGAAGAGUGGGUGGGAAGUUGAGAAGUGUUUCGCAUAAUGGCUUGCUUUGGGAUGAAGGAGCAAACACUAUGGCUGAAGCUGAGGCAGAAGUUGGGAAUUUGCUUGAUGAUCUUGGCCUCCGUGAGAAGCAACAAUAUCCAAUUUCACAGAAAAAACGAUAUAUCGUAAGAAAUGGGUCGCCUGUGAUGAUACCCACCAAUCCUUUAGCAUUGAUCACAAGCAACAUACUUUCUACCCAAUCUAAGCUUCAAAUCAUAUUGGAGCCAUUUUUGUGGAAGAAGGGGGCCUCAAAAGUGUCUGAUGUAUCUUCAGCAGAAAGUGUCAGCGGGUUCUUUCAAUGCCAUUUUGGACAAGAGGUUGUGGAUUAUCUCAUCGACCCUUUUGUUGCUGGAACAAGUGCUGCAGAUCCCGAUUCCCUUUCAAUGAAGCACUCUUUUCCAGAUCUCUGGAAUCUAGAAAAAAGUUUUGGUUCUGUUAUAAUCGGAGCAAUCAGAUCAAAGUUUACAGCCAAAGGUGGUAAAAGUGGAGAGACAACAAAAUCUCCUGCCAAAAAGAAUCGUGGAUCAUUUUCCUUUAAGGGAGGAAUGCAGACUCUUCCUGAUACAUUAUCCAGAGAUCUGUCGCAAAAUGAGCUUAAAUUAGACACCAAGGUUCUCUCUCUAUCUUACGCUCCAAACGGAACUUCAGGAAAGGAGAAGUGGUCCCUGUUUUGUGCCUCGCAUCAUGAGAAGCAGACACAAAACUUCCAUUAUGAUGCUGUAAUCAUGACGGCCCCUCUGUGUAAUGUAAGAGAGAUGAAGUUGAUGAAAGGAGGACAACCUUUUCAGUUGAACUUUCUUCCCGAGGUGAAUUACAUGCCACUGUCAGUCAUAAUUACCACAUUCAGAAAGGAAAAUGUGAAGCGGCCUCUGGAAGGUUUUGGGGUACUUGUUCCAUCAAAGGAACAAAAGCAGGGUCUCAACACUCUAGGUACACUCUUUUCUUCAAUGAUGUUUCCUGAUCGUUGCCCCAAUGACCUUUAUCUAUAUACAACUUUUAUUGGUGGGAGCCGGAACAAGGAACUAGCCAAAGCUUCAACGGAGGAACUGAAGCAAGCUGUGACUACUGACCUUCAGCAGCUGUUGGGGGUUGAUGGUGAACCUUCAUUUGUCAACCAUUUUUACUGGAGCAAAGCAUUCCCACUGUAUGAUCGUAACUAUGACUUGGUUAUGGAAGCAAUAGACAAGAUGGAGAAGGAUCUACCUGGAUUCUUUUACGCAGGUAAUCAUCGAAGUGGGCUUUCUGUAGGCAAAUCAAUAGCCUCAGGGUGCAAAGCAGCUGAUCUCGUCAUCUCAUACUUGGAGUCCCACUCAGAUGGCGAACCAAACAAAGAAUAGCCCCUGAGUUGAAUCUUUUGCCUUCACUGGUCUGACUAGAUAGAAGGAUUAUGGGUCAUGAUAGGGUUGGUCACUGUAUGGUUGGAUAGGAUCCGCAUCGAACAAGGACUUCAAAAGUACAUUCAGACACUGAAUAAGAUGUCUCUACUCUGCUGUCUCAAAGCAUGUCUAAUGUUUUCAAGUUCGGAUCUGUACUGGAAAAAAAAAAUGAAAAGGAACUUAUAUCCACACACAGACACCUGUAUAAAACCGGGUACUAGAGAGAAUCUUCCUUGUUUUUUUUUUGUUUGGUCCAGUGAAGGGAUGUUGAUGUUUUUGCUUAUUCUUAUGGAGCAUGGUCCCCCAAAAAACAAUUGUCCUGUUUUCUC